CUAUACUAUAUUCAGUUUAAUUUUCAGUUUUCAUUUCUCGAUCAGUUUCUAGUUCAUUAUCAUCAUCUUCAAUAGAAGCACCAUUAAUGGACGGAACUAUGGGUUUCGCCAAGUUUAAUAGUUGCUGUGGGUGUUUUGUGAGUUCUUUCCUCCUGGUUCUUUGGUUUUGUCUUCCUUCUAUUCUAUGUUUGUCCAAUUCCAAUAUCAUUACAUCAACCCAAAACAUUACAGACCCAGAAACCAUGGUUUCCCCAAACAGCAUAUUCAAAUUAGGCUUCUUCAGCCCCGAGAAUUCGACGAACCGGUAUGUCGGGAUUUGGUAUAACAACAUGAGCGAACUUACAGUCGUAUGGGUUGCUAACAGAGAAAAACCACUCACGGAUUCGUCUGGAACCGUUAUGAUUGCCAACAAUGGAAAUCUAGUCGUCUUGGAUGGACAGAAAACAGUUAUCUGGUCGACAAGUGCUUCAAAUAUCUCACAAAAUUCAAGUGCCCAGCUCUUGGAUUCAGGGAAUCUUGUCCUGCAACAAGGAAUUUCAAAUGAUGGCAAUAACACAGUAAGUGGAGGAAUCUUAUGGCAGAGCUUUCUUCACCCUUCUGAUACAUUCUUGCCCAACAUGAAGCUAGGCACCAACGUGAAGACAGGCGAGAAACAACUGCUAACAGCAUGGAAAGAUCAGUCUAAUCCCUCUAUAGGCACCUUCUCUGCAGCUGUUGUCCCUCUCAACAUUCCUCAGGUCUUCAUCUGGAACGGUUCGUCGCCGUACUGGCGGAGUGGUCCAUGGAAUAAUCGGAUUUUUCUAGGGGUGCCCGACAUGCAAUCCGUUUACCUCGACGGAUUCAAUCUCGAUUCUGAUUCUAAAGUGGGGAGAGCGUACCUAAGUUUCUCUUUUGUCAGUGAUCCUUUAUUUGCGAGGUUUGUCAUGGACCCCGAAGGGAAAUUAGUAGAAUAUCGUUGGGAUGAAGAGAACAACAACUGGUUUAUAAAGUGGUCAGCCCCAAAUACGGAGUGUGAUAUUUACGGGAACUGCGGGCCUUUCGGAAGCUGUAACGCAUUAGAUUCACCAAUCUGUAGCUGUUCGGAGGGAUUCACACCCAAGUCUACCGAGGAAUGGGGCAAGGGAAAUUGGUCCGGUGGGUGCGUGAGGAGGACUCAAUUACAGUGUGAGAGAAGCAACAGCACCGGUGAAGUGGGGAAAGCAGAUGGAUUUUUGAAGGUGAACAUGAUGAAAGUUCCGGAUUUUGCAGACUGGUCUGCUGCUGCUGAUAUAAAACAGUGUGAAGAGCAGUGUUUGAGCAACUGCUCUUGUACAGCUUAUGCAUUUGAUAUCAACAUUGGAUGUAUGUAUUGGAGUGGGAGUUUGAUCGAUAUGCAGAAAUUCUCUAGCGGCGGAGUGGACCUUUACAUCCGUUUAGCUUAUUCUGAAUUCGGUAGAAAAGACUCCAAAGUGAUUAUCAUAACAACAGUGGUCAUUGGAACAGCUAUCAUAGGUGUGAUAACCUACUUCUCAUGGAUGUGGACGGCUAAACUAAGAGGGCGAAAGAAAAUGAAGAAAAACAUGGAUUUAGGGGAGGUAUCUACAGAUCUAUCCGAUGUUGGCAUGCUUGAAGACGGCAUAAUGACAAGUAAAAGAAGGGAACUACCAGCAUUUGAACUGGAGGACUUGGCAAAGGCAACAAACUACUUUGAUACAGCAAACAAGCUUGGUGAAGGCGGCUUUGGUAUAGUGUAUAAGGGAACAUUGUUGGACGGGCAAGAAAUAGCUGUAAAAAAGCUUUCGAAAAGCUCUGGACAAGGCGUAGAAGAGUUCAAGAAUGAGGUUAUGGUGAUAUCACAACUGCAGCAUAGGAAUCUUGUCAGGCUCCUUGGUUGUUGUAUUCAUGGGGAGGAAAAGAUGCUCAUCUACGAAUACAUGGCCAACAAAAGCCUUGAUGCUAUUCUUUUCGAUCCAACCAAGCGUACACUUCUAGACUGGAAGAAACGUUUCCAUAUCAUUGAAGGGAUUGGCAGAGGGCUUCUUUAUCUUCACAGGGAUUCUAGAUUAAAAAUUAUUCACAGAGAUCUGAAGGCAAGUAACGUUUUAUUGGACGAAGAGCUGAACCCCAAAAUCUCAGAUUUUGGCAUGGCAAGGAUAUUUGGAGGUAGUCAAGACGAAGCGAAUACGAAAAGGGUAGUUGGGACAUAUGGCUAUAUGUCUCCUGAGUAUGCAAUGGAAGGGAGAUUUUCUGAAAAAUCUGAUGUGUUUAGCUUUGGAAUAUUGCUACUGGAGAUUGUAAGCGGGAGAAAGAAUAAUAGCUUUUUCCAAGAGGAGGCUCCUUCAAACCUUUUGGGACAUGUAUGGAAAUUAUGGAGUGAAGGCACUAUCUUGGAGAUGAUCGAUCCAGCCUUACUUGAACCGUCCAUUCAGGUAGAAGUUAUGACAUGUAUCCAUGUAGGACUGUUAUGUGUUCAAGAAUUUGCCAAAGACAGACCAACCAUGUCUAGCGUAAUGUCCAUGCUCAGUUGUGAAAUUGCAACUCUCCCUACUCCAAAGCAACCUGGGUUUAUACAAAGGCAGAUUACAUCUGAUACAGAGUCCUCUUCAAGGAACCACAACAUUUUCUCUGUAAAUGAUGUUUCUAUAACAAUAUGCCAAGCCAGAUAGGCAUUAUGGGUAUCAGUAUAUAUUCAUUAAAUUUUGCCCA